AGGACACUCCCACACACUGGGUUAAACUUUCCCCUGAGGAUGGUACUUUUUUUGGCCGCAUCUGUCAAGAUGGCUGAAGAUGUAUGCUUUUCGUGUGACUUAACCCAAAGCCUGUCACGCCCCAUUGCAGUCCUCAGCAUGGGACAAAAGAUCCCUGCAGCUGUAACGAAGAGGUCCUCCUCUCUGUAAGGCGGGUAGCCUAUUCAUCACAUCAAGACUAUUCAUCACAUCAAGACUCUCUUGGCUUUUUCACAUCCAGCGUACAGUACAUUCCACAGGUCGAGCCGACGUCUUCAAAGAUGGCACGAUCCUCCAAGUCCUCGCAGAACUCUUGCAACUUCCUGCUGGCUUUCCUCGCCCUCUGGUCCAUGACCUCCCUGGUGGUCAUCAUAGUGUGGGCGACGUGGCCUCACAUGCGGAGCUUGAGCCAUUGCGAGGCGGCCCGGCAAACGGCCGUCGAGAAGCUUGAGGGUGCCAGGGUGGUGAGGGAGAAGGACAAGGGCAGGCUCAGGGAUCAGCUGAGCGGCAGCCGCCAGAACCAGACAGAGCUGCGGAGGGAGCUGGGGAUCAUCAUGGAGACGCUGAGGGAGACUAAUGUGUCACUAAUGGACAGCCUGCAGGAGAAGGUUGUGCUUUCUCAUUUUCCAUUUAAGGAGGCUUUGAAAGAGAACAUUACUACUUUAAAAAGUGAUGUAGAGAUGCACAUGACCCUGCAAAAAAACUUGUCUUCUGUACUGGCAUGGCAGGAAGCCCAUAUUGACACACUGCAGGCUAACUUGUCAUGGAGCCUUCAUCAGUGGGACUCAUGUGACGCAUUAAUCAGUGCCGCUAAAAGUCAGCAGGUGGCAGCAGAGAGUCAGAACAAAGCCUGCAAGUCUACUACUGCUUAUAUAUCCAAGCAAUUGAAUGCAUGCAGGACUGAAGACGACAACGGAUCGCAACAGAGCUAGGCCUAGGCCUAGGCCUUCACCGCCACAUUUUAAUUUUGUGACUAUGUAUUGUAUGUUUUGAGUUCUGUUAAAACUACGCUGUAGUAAAUUGUGUUCAAAAUAAUAUGUAAAUCAUUUCUGAUUGAAGAAGGACUCAUAAUGAAUGCCAAAAUGCACCCAUUAUAUCUUGAACUAAGAGACUGCAUAUGAAAUUGUAUUUGGUGUCAGAGAGGUGUACAUGUCUAAAAUUCAACAACCCCUUCUUUGUAUAGGUCUGUUUUACUCACAUUAGGCUACUUUGGCUCCAGAAGAGAUAGGUACUGUUUGUUGUCGUUGUCACCAUGUCAAAAACAUUUAAACAUUUUGUGCAGUCAGCACUCUCCACCUAAUAUUGAAUAAAGUUAACUAUCAAGUAUC